GAAAUUGAAAUUGACUAUCUUUAUGAAAUAAGUGAAGAAAAUCAGAAAGAAAGUAGUAAUACAAAACUGAAAAGCAAUAGGGUGGCUCAUGUAAAAAGUGAUGAAAUUGGUGAAACAAGUAAAGCUAUUCGAAAAGGAAAAAAAAAGUAA